GUCCGUUACAACCCCCACCUUCGGAGCCCAGCAGUGGCGGAGAGGAAAGCACGCCGGUCAGCAGCGGUAUUAUCCCCGUUGCCGAUCCGGACCUCAUCAAGCCGCAGCAGAACCCGGAGUGGCGCGAGGAAAUCGUGUACUCGAGCGAAUUUUCCUUCGCCAACUACACUAUCAAGUGUAAAAAUGUCUGGGUCUGGAAGGAUGUAACUUGUGAUGCGCAUUUCAGAACACACAAAAAUCUCUGAUGCAUAGGCAGCAAAAACUGCUCACUUUCUGUCACCAAAGUGGGGGAUUUGUCAUGCGGAUUCGGCAUUGCGGAAGCUUCUCGGAACCUGUGACGCUAGAGCUUCCAUGCAAGACCUUCUGUGUCAUGCAGAAACAGCAGGACUCUUCCAGACCCAGACAUUUUUACAUUUGAUAUACACGCAGGAGUGGCAAAACCGCGCGCCCACCGCGACGGAGUUUUGCCGGGUGCUGAGCGUCCGCACGCCGGUCGAAAACGCGAUCAAUGUGAUUCUGCUGCCCGACGGGUUCCACCACAAGGGCCGCAAGGGGCGGACGCGGUGGAAGCAGAUCGUUUCCAAGGUGUGGCAGGGGUUCCAGCAGAUGGAG